AUGGUGCAUUCCUCUUGGAAAAAGUGUUUGUGUUUGAUCAUCGAAUUUUCGGCAAAUAUCUUACUUCUUGUUGCAGUCAUAAUUGUUCUACCAGUAGUUAUAGUGAUUUUAGUUCUGUUCCAAAUAUAUCGUAAAUUCGUUGUCCAAGUGCUGAUCAUAAAACAUGGCCAAUCCUUCCGUGGUCUUCUGGAAGGGUCAGAUGUUGUAUGGGCAGUAGAAAAUAAUUCAUCUAGAGCUAUGACGAAUGCCCUUUUUCUCUUCGAAAACACCAAAAAUGAACCGAAUGCCGCAUUCGUACUCCUCGAGGAGCUACGCAGUCGCGUCUCUACUCACCAGCACGAGCAAGCUUAUCAGAAAUUGUUCUACGAGCUACGUUAUCAGUAUGGCUUUUUUUAUUGGCUACAUCGCCUACCCUGCGCCCCGAUAGAUUCUUAUAUAAGGAACGUGAAACCUUCAGAAAUUAGUGGCAGCUGUUUAACACGCCGAGAAGUGUGUAGGCAGAUUAGUGCCAUUAGCAACCGCAAAUGUAAACUUGGGACUACUUGGGAACUACUAGUUUGGACGCAUCCAGCAUCGCAUAACAUGGGGAAUGCAUCAUUUUAUCCGGUCCUUUUCAGAUAUCACCACUCCAUCUCUGACGGGAUUGCAAUUUUACGUUUGUUUUGUAAAGAUUUGAUUGACAAACGUGCAUCGAUAACAAUCAAGCAAGCAGAGUCACGGAAUCCACACGAGGCUAAAUAUGUGACAGUGAAGGAGACAAUAACAGGGCGUUUUUUGCUAAGGAUGGCGCUUACAGCUCCAAGAUUUUUAAUACACGAACUAUUUUUCAAGAAAGAACUAAACCGUAUCCAUAAUGGAAGUCCUUCCGAUGAUAAAAUAACUUCGUGGGUUAGCGAAGACGUCUCCGCUUCAUCAUUAGUAUGCACAAUAAGGAAUGUGAAACAACUUUCGCCGGGGGUCAGUUUUACCGACGUUUUUUUGACCGCAUUCGCAACAAGCUUUCGUUCAUACUGUAAAAUGUUCGGAAACGACGUGCCAGCGUCUCUUACUCUAGCUGUCAUGCGUAGGUUUGAGCGAGAAACAAGUGAAAUUCGCUUACGCAACCGAUCUUCAGCUGUAUUUCAGACAGUACCCAUAGGAGACCUUCCUGUCGCUGGAGUUAUUACAUGCACGACUGAGUUGUUACGUCAAAUACAUGCUAUCAACAUUCAUAGCAAUGCCGUUAGAAUGUCCACAGCUCCCGUGACAACAUACUUGAGCGUCUUUUAUCUACCAGAGUUGCUGCCAGCACCCAUCGUACGGCCUUUGUUAGCAAGGAGCAAAUUCUCGAUCGCUAUGUCCAAUAUUCCCGCAUUUGAAUCUGAAAUUUAUAUACGAGAGUAUGCUCUGAAGGAUGCCAUCUUUUGGGUGCCAAAUAUUGGAAAAAAUAUGCUAGGUUUGUCACUCAUGACGUGGAACGGUCGGCUAAAGGUAGGUCUAAUUGCCGAUCGUAGAAUCAUUCCUUCGCUCGAUGAACUGGACAAAAUAUUACAUGGUACAAUACGGGAAUUACAGAACAUGUCGAAUGUUUUAGCAAACGGAGCAUAG